AACACCAACAGCAACAGCAACAGUAACACCACCACCAACCCUGGCUCUAGCAUCCUGCCCAUCAGGUUAUCACUCAAUUAACAACUCCGAAUACUACAUCACUCUUGACGUCCAUAUACAAGAUCACAAACAUGCCCACCAACACCAUCGUCGACAAAACCAAACCGUACUUCCCUGUGGCAGGCUUGGCCAAUGAUGGCUGGUCCACCGAAGAUGAAGCGACGGCCACCUGCUUUUGUGGCGCCGUGCAACUCUCAUUCCCAACUCAUGGCCCUGGUUUUGUCGGUUCCUUCGUCUGCAACUGCUCCGACUGCCACAAACUCACUGCGUCCGUACACGCGACCAACUUCACCGUCUACGACACGCACCUGAAGCACCUGCGCGGUCGCGACAACCUGAAGACCUUUGGUCAAUCGCACACUGUUUUCGUAAAAACCUCGGGCCAGGACAAUACCAUGACCAACUACUUCUGUUCCACGUGCGGCUCGCUCAUGUAUCGGGUCGGCGCGGCUUUUCCGGGCGUGAGUAUCCUGCGGGUAGGCAGCGUGGACGAUUUCUCUCUGCAUGAGACCAAGUUGAAACCCACAAUGGAGCAAUUUACCAAGGACCGUGUGGCCUGGAAACUUCCCACCGAAGGGGCCCAGCAGUUUGAGGAGGACGGCUUACAUGUAAAGUGACCGAAGGCAAGGGGAGGCAAAUCGCCAUAACCCCGCAAGGCUGGUCGACGAAAGCACAAAUGAACGGGCGUUGUCAGAGUUAAACUGGUGUCCUGAAUCACAGGUGGCUAGUGGUCACCAGCCGAAGUCUAGAGUCUCCUUUAGCUCAUAAUAGACCGACCGUUCACUUCCGGAUCCUGCAAUAAAAGUUCGAAGCCGAGAAGUGACCACGAGGAGAUGAUGGCUUGAGCGCGCGAAGCACGAAGAAAAAUCGAAGUGUGGUGUUGAGCUCAAAUAGC